CUGGCUGUGGUGAGAUCGUUUUGGAGCACAAAUUCUUAUUGGCAAGUCAGGAAAUUCACAUCUGUCAAGGAUAUGCACAAAAUCCCCACGGGAGAGUUCUUAUUUUAGUCUAUAGCAGCACAGAGGAUCCAAUCCCCCCUAUUUUAAAGGAGAGGAAGUGAUCAUUUUGAUCAGUUCAGGAUUUAAAGGAUGACCCUUCAGCCCUGGUUCUGAGCAGGUCGCAAAGAGCCUUUUGGAUGUGCAUAAUGGACAUUCGCUUAUUUUCCCAAACAUAUUAUUGUUAAUCUGACCUUUGUCAGAAAAUGCAUUUAGAUUUUCUCUUCAUUUUCAAAUGUGAUCCAUAUAUAUCUUCCUCUAAUGGUGCCUCAAUUGUUCACCAUGAAUGAUGAGCAGAGACUGCACGACAAUGCCCUAGCCUGGUUGAUUUGUUCAGGGAUAUCCCUUCUAUCUAAUACAUGGGGAAUAUUAAGUAUAAGUGCCAAACAGAAAAAAUGGAAGCCUCUGGAAUUUUUAAUCUGCACUUUGGCUGGAACUCAUAUUCUUAAUGUGACAAUACCUAUCACUAUAUAUUCUGUGGUCCAACUUAGAAGACAUCACUCUGACUACGAAUGGAAUGAAGGACUCUGCAAAGUUUUUGUGUCUACUUUUUAUACCUUAAGCCUGGUUACGUGUUUCUCUGUAACCUCUUUGUCAUAUCAUCGAAUGUGGAUGGUUCGCUGGCCAGUCAAUUACAGGCUCAGCAAUACAAAGAAACAGGCUGUACAUACAGUCAUGGGCAUAUGGAUGGUAUCCUUCAUCCUUUCCACCCUUCCGGCUGUUGGAUGGCAUGAUACAACGGAAAGGUUUUAUACCCGGGACUGCCGUUUCAUUGUCACUGAAAUUGGCCUUGGAUUUGGAGUUUGUUUUCUCCUUUUAAUCAGCGGCAGCGUCGUUAUGGGAGUGGUUUGCAUUGUUAUUACCCUUUUUCAAACAUUUUCUAUCCACACUGGGCAAAAUGUUGAUAAACAUAAGUUCAAUGUGCCCACUAUUGUGGUUGAGGACGCUCACGGCAAAAGAAGAUCAUCUAUUGAUGGCUCUGAACCCAUUAAAACUUCUCUCCAAAUCACUUAUCUUAUAUCAGGGAUUGUAUUUAUUUAUGAUUUUCUAUUGGGCUUCCCUGUUCUGGUUGUAAGCUUUGCCAGUUUGAAGUAUGAUACAUCUUAUGAGUGGAUGGUUCUUUGUGUACUCUGGUGCACUGUAGUACAAGCUUUGCUCCUGCCCAUAUUUCUCUGGGCCUGUGAUCGCUACCGAGCGGAUGUUAAAUCUGUAUGGGAUAAGUGCAUUGCUAUUAUGGCCAAUGAUGAUACAGAUGAAGAACACAGCGCAGAUGGCGGAAUUCACUCUGAUUUAAUUUACGAAAGACCGUAUGAUUAUAAUUAUGGAGGAGACAUUAUGACCAUGGAUCGUAUAACCAAAUAUGACUUUUCAGCAUUAGAAAGAGGAAUUCCUCAGAUCUUCCCAUUGAAGGAAGUACAAGAUGAUAAAAUGCACUAUCUUCAGGUCCCUCCAACAAGACGGUAUUCUCAUGAUGAAAAUGAUAUUUGGACCACAGGACAGAUCCCAGCCUUUCUUCAUACCUGGGGUUCUGCAGAAGAUAUGGCAGCGAUUCAAUUUUUUAGUCUCCCUAGACGAGACAGAAGAAGCAGUCUCAUAUCAUACCAUGAAGAUUCAGCAUAUCGAAAGUGCAGGAGAUCUUCUGAAGGCCUCAUUUCUUUGAAACAAUUUACUCUAGAAGAACUUUACAAAGAAGACUAUAAGUGUUUUAGUCGGGAAGAGAUAGUAAGUUUUAUUGAUGACACUCCUCUUCCAAGUCCUAGAAAAAGCUCAAUUAGAUCAUCUUCCAUCUCUCUAAUACCAGAUCCUUUACAGCAUCAGUCAUCUGCUCACUUUGCUUUGACAGAUUUUGAUCGAGAACCACAAGGGAUACGUCGAUUUUCAACACAUGGGAAGGGUUGUACACUUAACGUACCUGGUCACCUUCAUUCCUUUGAUGAACAUAAAAAGUUUUAUACUGAGGGGCAUCAGAGAAAGCAAAACAGUCAAAGAAAUGCUCAAAAAAUGGAAUCAGACAAACUAGAUGAAAUUGCAGUUGUCAUUAGCAGUGACGAUUCUGGCAACUACCAAAGUGGUUUAAGUACCACAUGGAAUAGACAAGAGAACCUUGUUGAAAGUAAAGGAAGUACAAACAGCUUUUUAAGUUCACCAUCAGCGUCUUCUGGAUAUGUAACCUUUCAUUCGGAUUCUAUUGGGUCCACAUCCUAGGAAAACAUUAAAUUCAGGUUUUACAGUUGUUAUCAUUUUUUUUUUUUUUAAUAUCUAAAACUGGAUGAAACACCAAAGAAAAAAAAAACUGGUUUUUAAAAUGACCAGGCACAAUUUUAACAGAAUUUAAUACAUAAUAGGAAGAUAUUCAGGAAAAUAACAGUACGUGAUUUUUUUUUUGGAUUUUUUUUUGCUGUGAACAAAAACUGCCUUUAUUUACUCUAAGAGAAUAUUUGUAAUGAGUUGAAUAUGGAAACAAAUCUUACAACCCACUGUAUCUUAUUAGCAUUCAUCGUCAAUGUAAUAUAUGCAUGCAUACUUUUUGCGCUACUUAUUAUAGGUGACUUUUUGAUUUACACCUUGAGUUUUUAUUACAAAAGGGUGUUCAGUGUAAAUCACACUGAAGAACAUAAAUAUUUGCUAUUUUAUGAACAUUGUACUUUUGCUAAUGUAUUUAUGGUAUGUGCUGUAAAGUAUCACAUCUUUUAAUCUAGAGAAUUAUGUGAUAUACCUUAAUGUAUAGAUAUACUAACAUUCACAUUUGUGUUAUUUCUGAAGUAAAGGGAAUUUUGUAUUUUUUUUCCUGUGAGCAGUAUUUGUAAAGGGCCCUAAUUUUGGCAACCCAACAUAUAUUAUUUGGUCUGAGUGGUGGGUAAAGAAAUUUAUUUUUUUGGGGUCAAACAUUUCAUAUGCAGAACUUCACAUAGGGACCAGGAAGCUGAGGACUAAUCAGGAAGAUCCAAAGAAAGAGUCACAGGUGUAUUUUUAGGUGGAGUCACAGGCAGGGUGAAGUCAUAGGGGAUUUGUGGGUAGUGAGUGGGGGCAAUUUAACCUUCUUCCUUAGUCCAAUCAUCAUAACAGGGUUGUAAUCUAAAAGAUUGGGUGCUUAGAUAUCCCAAUAGAACUGCCACGGUUUGGUUUAUGUGCCCUUGUAAUGUUGAGGUAUUUUAUUAUUUCCAGGAAGUUAGUUUCUUUCUGUGAUGCAUGAAACAAAAUGGUUGUUUGGAUGCAAGAAUAUCUCUUUGUUGUGUCAUUUUCUAUUUAAAAAAAAAAAAAAAGUUUGGCACUAUAAUUCUUAAAGUAACAGUCAACACCAGAAUUGUUGUUUAAAAAGAUAGAUAAUCCCUUUAUUACCCAUUCCCCAGUUUUGCAUAAUUAACACAGUUACAAUAAUACAUGUUUUACCUUGUAUCUAAGCCUCUGCAAACUGCCCCUUUAUUUCAGUUCUUUUGACAGACUUGCAUUUUAGCCAAUCAGUGCUGACUCUUAGGUAACUUCACGUGUGCAAGCUCAAUGUUAUCUAUAUGAAACACAUGAACUAAUGCCCUCUAGUGGUGAAAAACUUUCAAAAUGCAUUUAGACAAGAGACGUCCUUCAAGGUCUAAGAAAUUAGCAUAUGAACCUCCUAGGUUUAGCUUUCAACUAAGAAUACCAAGAGAACAAAGCAACAAAAUUGGUGAUAAAAUUAACUGGAAAGUUGUUUAAAAUGACAUGCCCUAUCUGAAUCAUGAAAGUUUAUUUUGUACUUGAAUGUCCCUUUAAUUCCAGGAACCCAGUUUGCUUUCACAAUCAGAUUUAGUUAUACUGGUUGGCUUGUACCUACUCAAAAUAAUCUUUUAUGGGGCACAUUCUGAUGUAAAAAAUUACUUGUUCUAAUUCCUUAUUCUUAGUCUAGAUUUAUUAGAUGGCAUUUUUUUCUCUUUCUACGUAUAUGUUAUUUUAAGGAACCUAUUUGCUAAUAAAAAAAGGUUUUAUGAUGAUUUAUCAUUGAAGACAAACAAAGUUCCUCCUGAUCUUGCACAAACUAUUACUCACCUUAAACAAAUUAAUUGUUUUAAAUGCCUUUGUAUCCCUUUAAAGGGACAUUAUACACUCCUUUUUUCUUUGCAUAAAUGUUUUGUAGAUUAUCUAUUUAUAUAGCCCAUAAAGUUUUUUUUGGUUUUUUUUAUAAAUGUAUAGUUUUGCUUAUUUUUAAAUAACAUUGUGCUGAUUUUCAGUCUCCUAACCAAGCCCCAAAGUUUUAGGAGAAUACCGACGGAUACCUAAUCUAGCUUACUUCUGUUUGUAUAAAGGGUCUUAUGCAAAAGAAGGGGGAGGGGGGAGUGUCUUAUUUCCCACUUGCAGUGGGCUUUUCAGUUACCUUUUCAACAGAGCUAAACUGAGAGCUUCUAAGUAAGUUUUUAAACAGUUUUAUACUGGAUUUUUAUAUCAGUAUCUGUGCAUCUUAUUCUUUAUAGUAGUGUCUAUUGAAUGCAGUUAUAUGCAAAUUAGUGUAUACUGUCCCUUUAAGUAUUAUAAACAUUUUAGUAAAAAAAAAGAGUAAUAGAGAUGAAUUAGACCCCUUUUUUAGAGAACUAAAACCCAAAUAUUGCUUUUUUAGUUGUUAUGGGCUAUUUGUUUGUCUUUUAAACUAAUAGGUAUAGAAUAUGUUCUUUUGUGCAGUGGAACAACCAUAUUGUGUGUUUUAAUGCACUUUAAAGGGAUACAGAACUAUCCAGCUAAACAGACAUUAAAGUUAUUUUAUGUGUGCAGAAAUUAAUUACUGAUUUGUAAAAUAUCUGUAUGCAAAAUACAUGUUAAAAGCAUUAAAAUAUUCACAUGUUUUAAGCAAGAAUUGCAUUGUUUUGCAGUUCAGUGACACAUUAAUUGGAAAGCCUCUUGAGAGUUGCAUAUUUUAUGUCCUUAAUGGUGGACAGAUAUAAUAUGAACCUGCAUAUAUCAAUCAGUCACUGUGUAGCAUGUAUAGGGUUAGGGUUCUGAAUUAUAUGGAAUGCACUCCAACCUUCCUGAUGGGGAGUGGACUAACUGCAUUUUUCAUAUUUAAAUUCUAGGAAAAGUGAGCAGAAUAAAUAAUGAAAAUAAAGAAAAUUGCAAAGUUUUUUGACUAUGCAUGUCAUGGUAAAUAGAAUUUUGAGUUUAAUGUCCUUUUAAAGGGAUAUGACACCGAAACAAAAUUAUUUUAAGAAUCAAAUAGAGCAUACAAUUUUAAACAGCUUUCCAAUUUACUUCUAUUAUCUAAUUUGUAUUGUUCUCUUGCUAUGCUUUGUUGAAAAUCAUACUUAGGUAGGCUCAGGCACAGCAAAACACUACUGGGAGCUAGCUGCUGAUUGGUGGUUGCACAUAUAUGCCAUUUAUCAUUGGCUUAUCUGAUGUGUUCAGCUGGAUCCAAGUAGUGCAUUGUGUUCCAUCAGCAAAAGAUACCAAAAGAACAAAGCAAAUUUGAUAAUAGAAGUAAAUUGGAAAGUUGUUUAAAAAUGCUUUCUCUAUCUGAAUUAUGGGGGGAGGGGAAUGAGUUUCAUGCCCCUUUAAUGGUACUGGCAACUUAUGCUAUAAGUAUGGAGGAAGCAAGUUGUCUUGAACCAAAUGUUUGCAUAAGGUGGUGGGAAAUUUGAAUAUGCAAUUCAGCAUUUGUUUACUAAAUACAUUCUGAAAAUGGCUGUAGUCUGUUGUUUUCUGAACUUUCCUGCUCCAAAAUAAGCCAAAUGGUGCAGAUGGCGUUUAUUUUCAUCCCUAGCGAAAGGUCUGAACUAAAAAGUGUCUAAUUUUGCAUUCUGUACACCCUCCAUCUUCAUAUAGUGUCCCUAUGAGUUCUUGCUGGACUCUCAUUAAUGCUAGUAAUGCUGUUUAACUGCAAUGCUAAAACCUGUAUCAUAUGAGUAAUCACCAAUUAGAUAAUCACACAUUGGGAAUAAAUGGCCUUCUAGUCAGGGAUUAUUGGAUCCAAGUCGCAACCAAAUGUCAAGGGUCACCCACACUACCUUUCCCUACCAGUAAUAACUUUUUCCCUCCUUUACCUUUCUCCAUGAUAUGCCAAGAGUACAAAAAAGACAAAUUCUGGGUAGAUUGUCCUUUGAUAUUUGGGGGGGAGCUACAGCAAACCUCCAACCACUCCGGAUCUUGCAGGAUUGUCACAUGUUGGGAUGUCUGCCUGUUGUCCCUUUGGUGCCUUCUCCAGUCAGGGCAAAUCUUCCUGUUUUUAGAGACUGCCCCCGCUCGGCACAUCACAUGCCCCGACUACACUUCACCCUGUUUAUGACAAAUCCAGCCCCACCAAAGUAAUACUCAGUGGCCACUUCCUCACCUCCCUGCCCUGCAAAACUUUGGGAAAUGUUAGAAGGUAUGCUACAAUAAUGAAAGGGGUGGAUACCACCCCAGUGCCCCUUCCAAGAACUGCCACUGACCAGGAGUGUUCUUACUUUAAUAGAAUUCAGACAGGAAAUUAUAGUUAUAGACCACUGGUUUUCAAACCUGUCCUCACGCCUUCCCAAACAGGCCAGGGGGUUACCUUUGAGGAGAGCAGGUAAAAUAACCGUGUUUACUAAUCAGCUGAUUAUUUCACCUGUGCUCCAGUUCAGAUAUCCUCAAAAUGUGGCCUGUUAGGGAGAUCUGAGGACAGGUUUGAAAACCAGUGUUAUAGACAAAAGGGUAGAUUUGUCAUACCCCGGUGAACUGCUUGUGCAAUACCGCCCCCUGCACAUUCACAGCCAAUCGGCCGCUAGCAGGGGGUGUCAAUCAUCCCGAUCGUAUCACCUCAGAGGUGGCGGACGAGUUGAGGAGCAGCGGUCCUAAGACGGCUGCUUCUUAAAUCCUGUUUCCGGCGAGCGCUGAAUAAGUGACAUCUGCUGCUUGAUAAUUGUACCCCAAAGCAUCUUGUUGAUAAAUAUCCUUAUGUGUUACUGAGCUAUGAAUAUGGAAAUGUAUGAACCUACAGAAAAUGAAUGCAUAACAAAGUUUUCACUUAAUGUAAAAGUUUUUUGGGACUUUAUACAUUUUGAAUUCUGUUACCAAGGUAAACUGUGCACAUAUUUCAAAAAUAUUUAGUUCUAAAUAGAGUAAAGUAAUAUUAUUAAGUUAAUAAAGAUGUGAAAAUGGUUAAGAAAACAAAUCGCAAAAAAUAAACAAAAAUGCUUUCUCUAACUAAAAUAGUGAAUUAGGUAAAAAUAAUAAAAGAAAAAAAUGCUUUACAUGAUGGUUAUAUUCAUAAAGAGGUGCAUGACACUUUUUGAAAGUUGAAAGGCAACCUAUAUAAUUGAUAUUUUAAUAAGAUAUUUGCUUAUUCCUAUUUCUUUUGUACAUUUUACAUUUUUAAAGAUUUUUUUGGAGAUAACUAUUGAUUGCGCUCCACUUUACUUGUACAUUUAUCCACCAAUCAGCAAGUGCUACCCAGGUGCCAAACCAAAAAUGGUCAGGCUCCUAAGCUUACAUUCCUGCUUUUCAAAUAAAGAUGCCAAGAGAAGGAAGAAAAAUUCAUAAUAGGAGUAAAUUAGAAAGUUGCUUAAAAUUGAUUGCUCUAUCUGAAUCAUGAAAGAAAAAAAAAAUGAGUUUAAUAUCCCAUUAGUAAAGGAUGACAAAAUCUUACAUAUCAAGGAAGAAUAAUGACACGUAUUAAUGUUGACAUUUCUCAUAACUGGGGAUCUUGGUUUCAGACACUUACCAUUAUUAUUGCACAAAUUCCCCGUUAAAGUAACUUUUUUGUAAACAAAGGCACUUCAAAUGUAUUUCAGGCUUUUUAAAAAUAAAUAAAUAAAUAACUCAUGUUCCUAAUGUUUUUUUUGUGUAAGUUGGAGAAAUCUCUCUCUGUCUCUCUCCUCUCUAUCUCUCUCUACUCUCUAUCAUACAAAACCAAUACAGUAGUAUUAGUUUAAAGUUAGGUAGCUUUUUAUUUAACAUUUGCCUGGUGCCUGGGUUUGUCAAGCCUUGCAGUAACACACUAUCAAACUCACAAUAUAAAUUAAAACAUAUACUAUUCAAUAAAGUAAAUAUCAAAAGGAUUUCUGGUAAUGAACAAAAUGUCAGCAAGCUUUAUAGCAAACAAAUUGGUACUGCAGAAAUAAGAGACUGAAUACAUGUAAUGUCCUUGUGUCUGAAACAUGAUGUUAUAUUUAUCACAAUAACUACUUAGGACUAUUUAAAGUUAAAUGAAACCCAAAAUUUGUGUUUUAUGAGUCAGGUAGAGCAUGCCAUUUUAAACAAAUUUCUAAUUUACUUCUAUUAUAAAGUUGUCUUCAUUCUCUUGGUAUCUUUUGUUGAAAAGCAGGUAAGCUCUAUCUGGCAGCAGUUUUGUAAUAAUGUUUUCCAUUUGCAAGAGCACUGCAUGGUACCACUAUUUCCUGCCAUUAAGUUAUCCAGAAAUCUACCUAGGGAUCUCUUCAACAAAGAAUACCAUGGGAACGAAAUACAUUGAAAACUUUAAAAUUUUCUGAAUCACAUUUGUUGGGGUUUCAUAUCCCUUUAAGAUUUUAUCUUCACAAAACAUUAGAUUGCUAAAUAUAUUCAAAAUAAUAAAACUAUAUAGAUGUCAUCUUUUGAUAAUUCUAAUGUGGCCUUUGUAGACAUAUUACCUUCAACAGCAGAUUGACACAAAAACUUAUCUAUAUAUUGUUGUCUAUGCAGAUUGUAAAUAUUCCUUAUAAGAUAUGUCCAUAAUCUUUUCUCUCUGUAAUUUCCAGGUAAAAUAUUUUAUUCAUCAUAAGUUAGAAAAACAGAUUUUCAUGAUAUUGUGACGUCUUUAAUUAUAUCACAUUAAAUAAAAUAUAUUUAUAUCAAUAUUAAACUGGCAUAAGUACCACAUAAUUCACAUAAUUUGUCAUGUACAUAGUGCUGUUCAUCUUACUAAGCUACAUAGGUAUUUUUUUAAUUUAUCUACCAAUUAACUCGUUAGAAUCCCAGACUGUUUGCAGUUAUCAAUAUUUCAGAAAGCAUAUAUUGGCAUUGCAAUAUAUCAAUAACGUACUGAGAGCACUGCUAGCUUCGUUAAGCAAAGCAAAGUCUCUUUAAAGAAAUACUAAACCUAAUUUUUUCCGUUCAUGAUUCAGAUAUAGCAUGCAAUUUUAAGGAACUUUGUAAUUUACUCCUAUUAUCAAUCUUUUCAUUCUCUUGCUAUCUUUCUUUGAAAAGCAGGAAUGUAAAGCUUAGUAGCAAGCCCAUUUUAGGUUCAGCACCCUGAAUAGCGCUUGCUUAUUGGUGGCCACAUUUAGCCACCAAUCAGAAAGCGCAACCCAGGUGCUGAACCAGGUGCUGAACCAAGCUUUGCUUUCCUGCUUUUCAAAUAAAGAUAGAUAAUAGGAGUACAUUAGAAAGUUGCUUAAAAUUGCAUGCACUAUCUGAAUCAUAAAAGAAAAAAAUUGGGUUUAGUGUCCCUUUAGCCCUCGGAUACAUUUUAAUGGGUAGUGAAGAGAAACGACAGCAUGCGAAUAACAAAAUCACAUUGUGUUUUAUGGCAUAGGGGCAAUACCAUUUUAGUAAAACGUAUGUGCUUUAUACAUAUUAAUAAGAUUAUGUCCUGUUUUUUCUGAUUUUUGUUAUUUUUUAAUAAAUGAUUUAUGGUCACUGUAUAUGAUUAUCAUUAAAACGGAUUCCUAUUUUUUAAUGUUUGUAUAUCUUUUACACUUUGGAAAAAUAUGGCUUCAUAACGCUAUAUUUUUUGUUUUGCUCUUACAAAUGUUAAAAAAGUGAAUUUUAAUAAAGAUAUAACUGAAAGAA